AAAAGUUUUGUUCUUUGAGUCAUUUCUGAAUCAGUUUCGAUUAUUGUUAAAGAUGGCUAAAAGAAUCUCAGCUCAACUCUUCGUAAGCAGGUUAUCUGCUUAUACUACAGAUCAAUCUCUGAGGCAAUUGUUUUCUCCUUUUGGUCAAAUCAAAGAAGCUCGGCUUAUUAGAGAUUCUGAAACACAGAGACCAAAAGGAUUCGGCUUUGUCACAUUCGAGUCUGAAGAUGAUGCACGAAAGGCAUUGAAAAGCUUAGAUGGGAAGAUUGUAGAUGGUAGACUAAUAUUCGUUGAAGUUGCGAAGAACGCUGAGGAAGUGACAUCAGAGAUUAACAGUAAGAAAGCCGAGGACCGCGGAUAAUUUGGCAUUUGGGCAUCGACACUCAUUGUUUACAGAAUUAAUCUGAGAUCAUCAGUUCCAUGUUACAACUCUAAAGCAGCACUGAUGCAAUUUGUGAGAUAUGGUUGCAAUCCUUGUUUGUAGAAGAAAUAAUCUUUGAUACU